UCUGGGCGCCCUGCCAAGUGGAGUGUGUUUUUUGAAUGAAUACCUGAUGAGGCUGCUGAGGCUGACUGGGGGAGGAGGAGCCGUGUUCUCUAGAGCACUGUGUGUGUAUGUGUGAAGAGCAAAAGAGAGAGAGGAAGAGAGAGAGAGAGAGAGAGCGCUGGCAGUCUGUUUGCCUUGCAUAACAUACGCUGUAGCUCUCACACGUAGGGCUAGUGAAACAGCGCAGACGAGGGGACUUCCUUUACCCUCAGCCCUCGGAGCAAUUGUCGAAGGAAGUGGAGGAGAGUGAAGGCGGGGGGGACAAUUGGACAUGGAAGAAAACAUAAAUCAGAGGAUUGCGUGUGUGACCUGAUAGCAGAGCUAAACCUGGACAAAGGACAGCUUGCCAGUGGGUAGAGUGAGUUACACUCGUAGUGCAGAGAGAGAGAGAGAGUUGUUAAAGGCUCCCCUAUAAAGAAAGGUACGGACCAAUAGCCAUCAGUGAGAGAUGAUUCCACAUGAAGCACAUGGAUCCUUUCAUGACAAGAGUCCUGACAAUGGGCAAGACUACAGUAAAAGUGGAGCAAAGUAAUAGAACAAUGAAAAUCUUCUUCUACUUUGCACUUUAAAACAUCCUGAUCAAGACAAGUGGGUUAAAAUACGGGACAAGCUCCAAGACCAUGAAGUCUAACCAGGAGCGUUGUAAUGAGUGCCUUCCGCCAAAAAAGCGGGAGAUUUUAGCUCUGGAAGAGAAGCAGGUGCUGGUGUCAGCUGCUGUUAGUGAGAGCCAGAGUGGAGAGAAUUUGGCUUGGCUAGCCAGCGUUGCUACCAUGGCUAGCAUGGCCCACAUCCCCAACAAUGCAGGCCCAUCACAGAGCAACAGUGCUGAGCCUGACAGCCCCCCACCAUCAAAUAAGGCUCUCACUGUGGUGACGGAAUAUCCUCCAGCUACUACAUCUGCUGGCUUUUCGUUCUCUUCCAAUAGCUCCACAUACAGGGGAGUUUUCUCUGGGCCUACCGUGCUAACAGCCAAUCCUGCGGUUCUCUCCACAAGCCUUCCUCAAACUAUAGGCUCCGUCCAAUACACACAACUUCCCCCCAAUCUCCAACUCAUAGGGCCCUAUACAAGUUAUAUCUCUUCACAGAUUGUGCCGUCCACAACCAGUCCAACACAGCCACGGAGGACGCCACAAGAGGUCUUGGCCACAACAGCUGUCAUCUCCCAAGCAUCCAGCCUUGAUUCACAGAAUCAUCAUGUGAUUUCUUCUAUACCAAAUGUUUCCCACAGUCAAUGCAUCCAAGUAGAGAGUGCUCCUUUAGGUUUGACAGUGUCCUCCCCUUCUGCCCAACUGCCCAUUCAGAUCCAUCCACACUCAGCAGUCCUUGCCCCUCACGCCCUGGCCCUUACACCCUCUCAAGUGGUUCUACACUACACAGAUGGCUUUAUUGCAAAGCAACCAGACUCCCAUCCCAGAGAGAUGCAGAAUGGUACCCUAGGAGAGAUUGCAGUGGUCAAGCACAGUACUGCCAAAGGAAUUUCUAGCCAGUCAGAAGGUGACCAUAGCCACAAGCAAAACCACAACCUGGGCCUCCAGACCCAAGCUCAGGUUCUGCUCCCAGCCGACUACAGCACUCAUGACAGAACAGGACUGCAGACGUCGCUGAUGUUGGUAUCCAGUAGCCACCUUGCAGCAAACAGCAACUCAGAGCUCCAAAGUAUCUUGGGGAAGGACCACUCAUCUUUGCACCUUGCUGAGAGAGGAGGGAUCUGCAUAGGCAAGCCAAUGUCCAGAGUGUCCGCUCUUAGUUCCUCAGACAGCCAAGUUUCUCCGGCCUCCACAAUUUCACCGCACACACUUCUGCAGGCUCCUCACAACACUCCCCAACAAGAGCUCUCCACCAGCCUUUACUCUGCAACGCAGCUCCCAAUUAUUGGCUACAUCACCAGUGCUUCUGGUGGACCACAGCAAGCAGUAACUGGCUAUCAGAGCAACCUGCCACAGCACGUGGUGAUCUCAGGCAACCCCUCCUUGCUAAUUCCGGUGAGUGCCACUAACAUCAAUCCAACUACUGCUGAGCCGGAGGUCACCCGCUGUUCUGUCAUCCCCAGUGUAGCCAAUGCAUCAACAGCUCUGCCUCAGACCUUUAUUAAUACAUCCCCACCUGCAGCUGCAGCAUCAGUCCUACCCAAUGGUAAAGACAUCACAGUCUCUGACGGAGGUCCUGCCUCCUGUGUUGUGCCAAGUCCAACCCAAAUACAGCUGCCUGUUCUUUCAGCCAGUGUAGUAGGAUCUCCAGUUCCUGUGACACCUCCAACAUCCACAAGCCCUCAGAGCUCACCAUCAUCACCGUCAGCGGGCCUACCACCAUUCUUCAUGAAGGGCUCUAUUAUACAGUUGGCAGAUGGCGAACUAAAACGUGUGGAGGAUCUGCGGACAGAGGACUUUGUGCAAAGUGCGGAGGUGAGUGGAGAACUGAAGAUUGACUCCAGCACUGUAGAGCGCAUAGAGUGCAGCCGCACACCCAAUGCUGUCAUUAUACAGUUCUCAGUGGGAGAGAACAAAGCCCAGGUCUGUGUCGAGGUUCUAGUGGAGUACCCUUUCUUCGUGUUUGGUCAAGGUUGGUCGUCCUGCUGCCCUGACCGCACCACCCAGUUGCUAGCACUAUCCUGUGCCAAACUCUCUGUGGGUGAUGUUUGUAUCUCUCUCACCCUUAAAAGCCUAAAAGAUAGCAUUCAAAAGAAAGAUUACUUUUCAGACUCUGUGACGAAACACAACCAUUCUUUGAAACCAGCCAAAAACAAUGGGCCAAUUGAGGAAAGACCAACCCAACUGGAGGAUCUUAAGAAAGGACACAAAAUGACAUCAGGAGUGGAAAAUAGUGCAGGAACACUGGUUGAGACUUCCAACCCAAGAAAUGUGUUGACCCUCUUGGAGAAUGGGGGGAUAAACCCUCAGACACAGGUGAACCUCCAGAACCAGGCAGAAAAAACAUACACACUCAGUGUUGAGAGAGCAGUUAGCCGAAAAAGGAGAUGGUCUGCCCCAGAGAGGGGAGAAAUGAGGUCGCAAGAGGACCCUCAAGUUUUACCCAAAUUUUCCUUCCUCCCACAUCAGCUGAAGGUCAGCAUUGAGGGCCGCUCCAGCACAGGUUGCUGAGGACGUUCAGAACUCCAUAGAGCAGUGGUGGGGAGUCGAUUUCUAACCAAGAAACAUUAAUUAGCCUUACUUAAUUAAUUUGAGAAAUCACAUAAUGGUGAUUAACUGAAUAAAAUUUCUUUUCGCUUGGUGUCCAAGAAAAUGCUUUUGCUUCAACAACAGAGACUCAGAAUACUUUCCCCAUCACUGCCAUGGACUCCAAGAGGGACAAGGAAGAGCAGAUUUACUUUUUGGUACUUUGUUGCUUUCCUAUCACAUUCAUAUCCAGGUUACUGUAACGUUAGAUCAGUUUACACAAAAAUGUGUGUGAUCAUUUGAGUCAUAUGUAAUAUUAAUCCUUAGACUUUCUUUUUAAAUCAGCUGGACAUGACCAUUUUGGGUUGUAUAUUUGCAAGGUCUGACCACUUUUUUUUCUCAGCUUGCUGAGCGUUUAGUGUCUGUUAGUCUACUGUUGUGUGUACUGAAUUCAUUCAUAAUCAGGGCUUUGACUGGAUACGGACUGUUACAUGGAUUGAUGGCAAAAGGUUAAGACUAAGAUGUGUCAUUUGUGUGAUUAUGAUUCCGAGCGACUUCCGUGAGUUGUGUGAGCUUGAUUAUCUUGACAGAAGCAGCCUUCCACUUGUUACUGCCCCCAAUAAUCCCUUGCUUACAUAAUGUCGUCUGAGAGUGACAGGCUUUGCUCGAGUGACUACUUUGAAUCAGACUAAAGCAUCAAGAUACAACAUUUAUGUUGAAUGUUAAAUGAUUUAUCCUCAUGUGUUAAUUCAAUUGCUGAUAGUCUUCUAGAUAUGCAAUACUGAGCUUUCACAUACCUCAUGUGUGCAUUUAACAAUUAACCCAAUCAGAUGGCCUGAUCGGAUCUGCGAUCUCAGUUUCGAGCGAGAAAGCGCCGGAGAAAUCUUCACGUUGUCAAAGUGGCUGUGUAGAGAAGUCUCCGUUCAAGUCAGAAUUAGCACUUUAAAGAAAGGUUAGGGGAAGUUGAAUGAAUGGAUGGAAACAUUCCCACCUCUGUUUAGUUACUACAGCAACAGACCAUUUUGAGUGCUGUUAGUCAUUUUGUGCAUUUCUACCCAAGCACUUCUCAUUUAGCAUUUUUUUUAAAUUAUGAUGUCUUCUUUACACUAUUUUAAGUAUUGUGGGCCUUAAUCAGUCCAGCUGCAAUAAUGAAUUCUUUGUUAAAUACACGUAUAAUUACCAUACAACUAAAUCUAAAACCUGGAAUACACUACACGAUUUGUGCCCUGAUUUUUUUCGCCCCGAGAAGUUGACGCCAGCUGCCGAAAGUCAGAGCCAGUCUGCAGAUUCCAUAGAAAACUGAUUGGUGUAUGAUGGUCACAAACUCAGAUUUUUUUACCUUCAGACUCUGGUUCCAUCCAGUCUGACGAUAUCAAACAUGUUUGAUAUUUUCAGACGAUUUUAGAACGCAUAUUGUUUUUAUUUGUCACACGUCUCCUAGCAACAAGGCACAUGUUUCUGCAUGAGUUUGUUGUGAUCGAAAUGACCGUAACGCUUUGUCACUAUUUACAAAGUCGGUAAACAUAUGAUGCCUAGUGUUUUAAAAAUCUCUUCAGAUUUUAAGUCAUGUAGUAUAUUCCAGGCUUGACCAGCAUUCUCAGUGUUCAAAACAAGCCACGUUUCAAAGGUUUAUCACAAACGGAAUCUGCCUUUUCGUACCAAAAGUUGUUUAUAUAAGAAAUUUAGCAUCUAAUAAAGUUAACAAAAUGACAUCAAAUUUACCCAGAUAUGAUCGCUUAAAUAGUAAGAAUCAGAGGGUCAAAGGAGGACGCUGUGAUGCUAAAUCUAAACGGACUCGAAUAUUGACCUACUACAUUCUAAUGAAAUAUACUUACACAGCCUAAUUUUUGUUUGCAUCAAAAUAAUAUAUAGUUUCCACUCAGACUAAGUUGGGUCUCUUAAAAUUUUGAUUUCUCCAUACUUAGCAGUAUGCUGCUAAUGGCCUAAACAUGUCAUGGUCAGACUUCUCUGCAGAUUAAAAAAAGAAUACAAAAUGAAUGUUAAAACACUAUUUUUAAAUUUUAGUAUCCACAUUAUCUAUUUUCUCUGUCUUUGCUGUGCUGGACAUGUUAAACAAAUUCACAGGAAUUAAUUUAGUACACUGCAAUGAAAAAUGACAGACAAGGUAAUAAUCCAUAAACUUUUUUUUUUUUGGAAAUGACAAAUAUAAUUGCUCUAGUCCAUAAACAAAAGCCUUAUGGGAUUGUCUUCAGAUAUAUUUUGUGUGAAACAGUCACAAAAUAAUUCUUAUCUAACUCAACUGACUGUUUAAUACAUAUGAGUGCUGUUAUAAAUUCAGAAAAAAAAUCUUUGAAUACAUAUACGAAUUUUGCUAUUUGCACAAGUAGACAUUUUAAAGAGUAAAGCCGAGUGUAAGUAUGGAGUCUUAUAGUUAACACUUCAUGUUGCCAGCUUUGUAGGUCACCUAAAAACUAUAAAGAUUGAUAUGUGUGGUCAUGAGUGUGAGUUUUUCACUUAGAGUGAGUCAGUUUGUUGACUGACUUGAAAAGGUAUUGUUGUGUCUAGGGUUAUAUUCAGAUGGAAUCACAAUAGACCUCAUAUUGUAGAAGUAAUGCUUGAUUGCACAUUCAGUCCAAUUUGGAUUUGGAUUUUAUGCACUUUUGAAGAGAGAGGACAAUGAAAGAGAAAUAAAAGGAAUUGUUGAUUAGUAGCCACACAGCUACGAUGCGAUCAAUACAGUCUAUUGUAAUGGUGAUAUUGGUAAGGCAGUAGAAAACUCAGUGCUAUCACAAUAGACUAGAAACCAUUACAAAAGUGUCAAUGUUUCUGGAUUGUCGUUUGUUUCAUAUGUAUCAUUGUUCUCUCUCUUUUUCUCUCUCUCUCUCUCUCUUUCUUUUUUUCCUGUGUAGCUAUGUACAUGUAAACCUCAGUGUGUUUGUGCACUGUGUGGAUAACUUCAUUGAAGACAGUCAGGUUUCAACACUGGUGGCAACAAACUAUCUUUUAUCCAGUGUGUGCUAUUCUGUUUCAACCUAACAACAGCGAUUUAUUAUCAUCUGCAUCAAAUGUUUUUUUUGUUUUUUAAAAAACAAGGCUGUCAACCACUUGAAGGCAUAUAUAGCGAUUUAUAGUCUAACUGCAUUCUCAGGUUGAGAAACUGGCCCGACUGUUUCUGUUCCUGUAUUACAAUUUGCAAAAACGCUCAAAGUUACAAAAACUGAGCUGGUGUUCAUUUUAGCUUCAGUGCUAUGACUCAUGGGAAGUCACUGGCUGACUAUUGCGCCCUCUACAGUCCAUGCACCCAAUGUACAAAUAAGGCUCACUUUUAACUAGCAUGUUGACAUGUUGUGAAUGUAGCUCAUGUGCUUGCUAUUGAAAAUUUAUUCAUAUGGGAAAAUACAACUCUCUGUUGUAUGUGAGGUUGGGCAUCAACAAUAUGGCUUUUUAUAUUAUAUAUAUCCAAAGACAGUCAGAAUUUGCUGAAAGCAUAUGCCUCAAUGGUCCAUAGCCAGGAUUAGUUCUAGCAAUACCACAAGGCCUCAUUUAGGGUUGGAAGACCAAACUUGACGUCUAGAAAUUGACCUAUAGCAUACACAUCGCUGAUCUCAUUGUUUUGUUUAGUUUUUUUAAAGGAAGAUCUAGGUCUUUUACCUCCCGUUAAACCUCAAUCGCCAGAGUGACACUUCUUUAAAAAAAAGAAGAAAAAAGCACAUAACUGAUUUCUCAUUUUCUUAUAUAUUCGAUGUAAAUGACUAUAUUUGUGUGAUUCGUUGUACCUGUGAUAUUUUUCUCAUUCUUUGACAAGCUCCUUUUCUACAAACUUACAAAAAGCAAUUAAGACAGAAGUCAACCUCAACUUUUCUAACUGUGGCGUGUUUAUGUGAACAGAGCAUCCAAGACUGUUCAGUGAAGUCAGUGAUCAUUUCUUUGGUGGUGCUUGCAAGUUUUUGUAGCUGUUUUGAUUUUUGUGAAAUGGAAAGGAACAUCGGACUCGACUUUUGGCAAAUAUGUCCAGUUCAAUGAUUUCCUGUAUAGUACAAAUCUAUUGUAUCUGUAUAAUCACUCUAAUAAAAUACUGUGCCAAUUUUA